AUGGCAUCUCCCGAUUGCAUGGCUGACCGGGAAGCGGCGGUGCAGAAGCGCAAGAAGGACCACAUCGACAUUUGCCUCCGUAAGAACGUCGAGCCGCGCAAGGGGAGCACCUCGAUUUGGAGUAAGUACACGCUGCCCUACAAGGCUCUUCCCGAGGUUGAUCUGCGCAAGAUUGACACCUCCUGCGAAUUCAUGGGCAAGCGCAUCUCCUUUCCCUUUUUAAUUUCCUCCAUGACUGGCGGCGAGGCGCACGGCCGUGUCAUAAAUGAGAACCUGGCCAAGGCAUGUGAAGUGGAGAAGAUUCCGUUUGGGCUUGGUAGCAUGCGCAUCAUCAACCGUUACGCCUCAGCGGUGCACACCUUCAACGUGAAGGAGCUCUGUCCCUCGGUUCCGAUGCUAGCCAACAUUGGCCUGGUGCAGCUGAACUACGGCUUUGGCCCAAAGGAAGUGAACAACCUUGUGGACUCGGUGCGGGCCGAUGGUCUGUGCAUUCACCUGAACCAUACUCAAGAGGCGUGCCAACCGGAGGGCGACACAAACUUCGAGGGUUUGAUAGAGAAGCUGCGACAGCUGCUUCCACACAUCAAGGUCCCUGUGCUCGUGAAGGGUGUCGGACACGGCAUCGAUUACGAAUCGAUGGUGGCCAUCAAAGCGAGCGGCGUCAAGUACGUGGAUGUUUCAGGAUGCGGCGGCACGUCGUGGGCCUGGAUUGAGGGUCGCCGUCAGCCAUACAAGGUGGAGGAGGAAAACAUCGGCUAUCUCUUUCGAGACAUUGGCGUGCCCACAGAUGUCUGCCUCCGUGAAAGCGCACCACUGACCGUCAACGGCGACCUUCAUCUCAUCGCUGGUGGCGGCAUCCGCAAUGGCAUGGACGUCGCCAAGACGCUCAUGAUGGGUGCCUCGUACGCCACGGCGGCGAUGCCGUUCCUUGCAGCGGCGCUGGAGAGCUCGGAGGCGGUCCGUGCAGUGAUUCAGCGAAUGCGCCAGGAGCUGCGAAUCUCCAUGUUCACCUGCGGUGCCCGCAAUAUUGAGGAACUGCGGCGCAUGAGAGUGAUUGAGCUCAGCCAUCUUUAG